AUGGCUGAUAAAAUGAAGAAGAAAGAUCUCGAUAAUAUAUUAAAAAAUGGUUUUUCUUGGAAAACAAUAGCAGGAUACCACAUACCAUUUAUAGUGCGUUUAGUUAAUGGUAAACGUUUGAAAUUUGUAGCUACUCAGAUGGCUGAAUAUGAACUACUUAAAAAAUAUUUACAUAAUAUACAUUCUUCUAUUUAUACUUCAUGCACAUCAGUGAUAGCUUAUGUGAUCACUAAUUCGGAGGCGAAGAUAUUAAAUUACAUAAACGAAACACAUUAUGGAAAUGGGAAAAAUUUCCAAUUCUUGGCAGGAAUAGAUUAUAUUGUCCGUUUAAAAGAUAUUCAUAACUUUUAUUUAUUCAUAGACACGUGUUAUAAAAAAUUACUGAUUGACAAUACUUCAGGUUACAAUGACAAAUGCGGUUUUGUACGUAUUGACUUUGACCCUUACUCCUGUGUACCAUAUUGUACUCAAAAUGGCCAAAAAUAUUUGCCUUUAUUCUACUUUGAAGGAGAUACAGAAAAUCUUAUACAACAAGCUGUAAAAUUAGAAAAUUGGAAUUUGGCCUAUCUCAAGUUCUGUUGCAAAAUCUAUGGUAUUAAAGAUGAGUGUUUUGCUGGUGACUCUUGCUUAGUGGUCAGCCUUGAUGAUAUCAAAAAUUUGUAUCCACCAGAAACACAUUUUGAGGAUUUUUGGCCAGCUAAAUUGUCUAAAGUACGUCUCUCUAGAGCUCUCUCUUUCCAGACCAAUUCACCAGGUUCCUGGUUCAAAGUAGUCCCUAAAAUAGUACCUGAUCAAAAUACUAUUCAUCACACUUUAACAACACCAGUACCAAUCAUUCCACACCGUACGCAUGUGAUGGAGGACCAAAAGGUAUGUCAACAACAACAGAAGCAGCAACAACAACAACAAAUAAUAACUACUCCGCAAAUUCAAGCACAAGAAAAUAAUUCAAAUAAUACUCCAUACAAGAUCCAAAUGGCAGCACUCGAAGGGAAAACUAUCCACUGCAUAAAUGCCAAACCUUGUAUAUAUUCGGAUUGGAUGGUGACCUUAAAGGACGUUGUUUGGAUGGUGUUGCCUUCGUGCAAUGUUGCAAAAUGCGCUCACGUCCUGCACACUUACUUAAAAACGACAAUAUUAUUUGGGAAUUCUGAACAGUUGACCGUGUUGAGAGAGAAUGGACUCAUUCGGUCAAUGAACCCCGGAGAUACACCGAUGGCCAUGUUGAAAGACAUCAUGCUAGUGUUACCACGGUUAAAAACAUUUGUGUUAAUGCAAGAUAAAGAAUUAUAAACCAAUACCAAUCUGCAAGCGGACCUUCCAAAUGACAUAUCAGCUAUGAAUUGGCCGGGCACAGGGGAAACCGGCCGAAUGUCCGAAGCCAUAUCAACUUGUAAAAUAAUUAAUUAAUAAGUUGUUUAUAUUUAACUUUUGUACUGACCAAAAAACAAAAUGGGACAUAUUAAAUAAAUUAAUAUUGUUUUAUUUUGUGUUUAAAAAGAAGUAGAAAUCUUCUGAUGUCUUAUUACUCACAUAUAAUAUAAAAAAGUUUAGC